GUUGCAGAGUCGCAGAGGUGUUUUGGUCCCCCCGCAUCCUCUAGCGGGUCGCUUUCCGAGUCCAUCAUGCUGUGCUUGGGACUGGGCUGUCUGCUGCUGCUGCUGCAUGUGUCCGUGGUGUUUGGGACUGAGCUCAUGUUUGAGCUCCCUGACAACGACAAGCAGUGUUUCUACGAGGAACUAGAGAAGGACGUGAAGUUUGACAUAGACUUCCAGGUCAUCUCAGGUGGAAACUAUGAUGUGGACUGCUUCGUCACUGACCCUCAAAACAACGUCUUGUACAAUGAGAAGAAGAAGCAGUACGACAACUUCUCUCACACCACGGCUAUGAAGGGCGUCUACAAGGUCUGCUUCAGCAAUGAGUUCUCCACUUUCACACAUAAAAUGGUGUACCUGGAGUUCAGACACGGAGCUGAGAAGCCUUACCUGCAGGGACUGACUCGUGCUACAGCGCUUACUCAGUUGGAGUCGUCUUGCGCCUCCAUUCAUGAGAUCCUGAAGGUGGUGGCGGACACGCAGACAUGGCAAAGGCUGAGAGAGGCGCAUGACCGCACAAAAGCGGAGCAUCUCCUCGAGCGGGUGACCUACUGGUCCAUCGGAGAAACCGUCCUGCUGUUCGUCAUCGGCAUCGGUCAAGUCGUGCUGCUCAGGAGCUUCUUCAGUGAGAGGAAAGGCUCUGUGGCUACCACCACUUAGAACUCGUGGGUCUGAGCGCCCUCAAAGAGACAAGGAGGAACCUCGUCAAUGUGAACACAUUAGUGCGUCUGGAGAUUAGUAUGAUUCUUGUAGUAUUUUUACCAAAGCUCUGUGUUAGAGGGCUAGUCCAGGAAGUUUUCUCGUUUUUUCCUGCUCACAAAGAGUCAGACAAAUGUGUGAAUGCCUUUUUCAUGUCUGUGUCGUUUUGUUUGUAAGAAGCUGUACUGAAAAGAAACCACAGCCGUCCCUGUGUCGAUAAUUGAGAUUGACACCUUUCAGCCUUGCACAAACUUGACUAUUUAUUAUAUUUUUGUAGAAGUACAACAUAAAGCGGGAUUAGUUUGACCUAAUGACCUAGAUUGCUGUGCAGUAGGACCGUCGUGGAUUUUCAUCCCUAUACUCUACAUAGAAAGUUGUGGCACACUGAUAGACACCAAAGAAGUGUUGUUUCUGAAUGUCAGUUUUAUGAGUUUUGUAGUGUGUUGUGUUGGUUAUCACCUUAAUUUGUGUGUAGAGUUGUUGUUACAAGUUGUAAGAGCUCUGUCAUGUCCUUGAGUGUCUCACACAAGUGCCUUAAGAGACCUUUUUUUCCCCAUUUCCUACCAAGUUAAAUGUUUACCAUUUAUUCUGUCUGUUACCUGCCAUCCUGUUUAUACUGAGUACUUUGAUUCUCACUUUUACAUUUGAUUACAAGUUAAUGUUAUUUCAUGGAGAUAUGUUUAAUGGAAAAGUGACCAAAUAUUAUUGCCAAGAAAGAUAUGAUUUCAGCCCUAUUUGUUUAUCUGUGUGUUUAUUAUCAUUAAAAACUGUCAACAGAUUCACGUAAAAUUUGGUGGACAGU